CAAAAGGACUCGAACGAGGCGCAAGGAGAAUCGCAUUCUCCAUCGGAUGACGUUGCGGCAAUAAUCCGUACGUAUGUAUGAUUUCGACAUCAAGAGCAAAUGGAGGAGCAACGAUGAGCCCGGCGAACGAGACAAACACGCCCAGCAAGCGCAAGAGCGAUGAUCACAUGCCGCAACCAAGGGCGAAGCGCAACCGCUAUAUCUCGCUGGCAUGCAAUGAGUGUAAGAGGCGCAAGAUCAAGUGUAAUGGAGAGACGCCAUGUCAGCGUUGCGGCAAUCUGGGUCUAGAAUGCCUAUAUGCGCCCAACUGCUGCAACAACUUCAAGGACUCAGACGAGUUCAAGCAGAUGUCGGCGAAAAUAACCACCCUACAGGAACAGGUCGAGCAGCUGUUCGCGAACCUCAAUUCGCUCAAAGCGCAGACGGAUGCGCAAAGCAUGGGCUCGAUCGGCACCCCGUUCACAGCAGACUACCCUCGGUCCAUGUCCUCCAUGAUGCAAAAUCCGCUCAUCCCUCCCUCCCCGGCCCGCGAGCGCAGCAGGCCUCACGGGAAACAGCAUCGAUUCCACGGUCCUACAUCCAGCGCAUUCAAUCUCGGCGUCGCGAAAUCGAGUCUUCAGACAAUGGGUAUAACAGCUCCAGAAGAAGGGGAAGAUGAAGGUGCCCUGACACAAGAUGUGACGCCGCAGGGCUCUCCGCCGCAGGCAAUCGGUAUAAUCAGCAGACCCGCACUGCAUAUGGACAAGGAUCCCAUUUGGUCUCUGACGAAGCAAGAUGCGAUCCGGUUGAUACGGGUAUGGCACGAAGAGAUGGGAUUGAUGUAUCCGUUCCUGGAUAUUGAAGAAGUUGUCCGCUACGCCGAAAGGCUAUUUUCUUUCACGGAGGCAGCAGCCCGGUCAGGCUUCGCACAAUUGGGUAAGCCUGGAGCAGACGAGAUUAUGGAUGAUCAGACCAGUAAUUUGAAGCUGGUGCUCGCUAUUUCACUCAUUCUUGAGGGUGGCGGUAAGGAUCCGCUUGGGGAGAGGUUGUUUGAUAAUGUACACAAGAGGGUUGAGAAGACUCUGUCAGCUCCUGUUGAUAUUCAGGGCAUCAAUAUGCUUAUCCUUACAGGGAUGUACCAUUUCCAUCAGGACAACGAACCCCUCGCUUGGCGACUAAUCGGCCUGGCCGUACGACAGUGUUUUGAGCUAGGACUGCACCGACGAGAGACAUACGAUAUUAUUUUUACGAACGCAGCUGAGCGUGCCGCAGCCGUACGAACCUUUUGGUCCGUUUAUGUGCUGGACCGACGGUGGAGUUUUGGCACUGGGAUGCCAUUUGCUAUGCAAGAGGCCGAUAUUGACCCCAAUCUACCGAAACCCGAUGAAGAUAACCCCUACCUGAGCGCCAUGAUAGCCUAUAGUGGCAUUGCGUCAAAAGUGUGGAGAUCUGUAGCGAACCCUGAUGCCUCGCAGAAUCACAUAAGGAAGGAAGAUGUCGGUUUUCUCGACUUUCAGGUCCUGAAUUGGCACCGGAACAUCCCUGAGUCCCUCAGAUUUGUCCAUCCAGAGAGUGGUCGAACGCCAGAGCCGGCUUCACGCGGCCUCCGCCGUCUCCAAGUCGCGCUCUACCUACGAGCGAACCAAAUGCGGAUACUAAUUUACCGACCUGUUCUACAUUCAGCUACAAGCAUCAUGAAGCACCUCGACUUUGCAGAGACCGUUGUGACAAUCGCCAAAGACACUAUUCGAGUUCUUACCCACAUCAACCAGACCUCCGACCUCUACCGGACUCAGCAGACCAUGUUCAAUUACUUCCUGAUAUCGGCUCUUGCGGUGCUGUUUCUGGCCGUGGCCCAUGCUCCCGCACAGUUCAGUGCGCAAUGUCGGGACGAGUUCUACAUGGCGCUAGAUAUCGUACGGGGCCUUUCAUCGAACUCGUACGUGUCUAAGAGACUCUGGAAAACUAUCAAGAUGCUCAAAGAGGUGGGCCCAAGCCUAGGAUUGAAUGUGUCGAAUGUCGAUACAGCUGACGCUCACUCGUCCGCCGCCGUUGCUAUGGCUGGGCUUGCUGGUCAUCAGGUGGAUGAACUCGCUAUUUUCUCUCAUGUAAGGAAUGGGCAGCAUACCGAUACCCCGCAUGGGAUGGCAUCGGAUUUGACGAGCCUGUUCGAAGCUGCUGGUGGCUACUCGAGCACAAUGUUGCAGAAUGGCUACGGCCUCACUUCAGGAGAGAUACCAGCUAGCGGCGAGUUUGUGACGGCGCUUGGGCAGGAAGACGAGCUGGCUCGGAUCAUGAGAGAUCUAUUUUAGGCGGGCGCAAUAUAUUAAUAUGCAACCGGCGAUCUUAUAUAAACUCGAG